AUGACACACAUUGGUUUCAUGCAAUUUAGUGAUAGGAAGAAUACUGGUAUAAGGUUCAAUCUUGAUAAUAAUUACGAUGCUACAACAAUCAGCAAAAAAUUUGAAAACAUGCCUUGGCACGCUGGCCGGAAGACCUUAACACACCUCGCAUUGGAUAUUGUCGCUCAAAAGGUGAGGAUCUACUGUAUAACGGUGUAUUCAAUGGAGAUUGCAUUUUUGAGUAAUCCAUUCGAUGUGCACUUAUUGGCGGCACAUUGUUUUGUCUGCAAUAGACCUUUCCUGUAAUUACGCCACAACUACACUGUUUUCAACCUAUAACGAUCUUAGAUUUUAGAUUUCCCUUUCCUAAUUUGGUUAAAAUACACGUCUAUCAUGUGAUGUACAGUAACGUUAACCUUAAAUACUAGGUUUUCACGAAAAAAGGGGGUGACCGUCCCGAUGUACCAGAUCUGCUGAUCGUGUUGACAGAUGGUAAAUCCAAUUACCCUGACAAAACAAGAAAAAACGCCCAGAAGCUGAAAAACAUGGGAGUUCGCAUCAUUGCCAUUGGCGCAGUACAUGAUCUGCAAAACGAUGUAAAGAAUCGAGAAAUAUGGCAAGAGCUGCAAGAUAUUGCAUCUAGCCCUAAAGAUGUGAAAAUGAUCGAUUUUGCCAACCUUGUAACUGUUGUGAGCGAGAUCGUGUGUAAAGUUUGUCCCCGUACGUAAAUUUUUUAGUCUGAUUUCUAAUGUUGCAUUAAUUAGCAAGUUAGUUUACACUGAUGCAUAAGCUGACAAUUUCUUUCAAAACUAGUAAUGGAUAAUCAAUCACGAAGAAUUGUGGUAUAAUCUGGGAUAUAACAUAUUCGAAGUGCAAGAUUAUAUAUAAUAAUUAUAGAGGUUCGGACUUGAUUCCACAACCGCUAGCACUACCUUGUCAGCUGGUUUAGUACGCAUUUCAUUGGUUAUUUGGAAAUAUCAAACGCAUCUGAUUAGUUAAUGGUCCGGCCCUUAAUGGUGGGGAUAGCGAUAUAGUAAGAACCAAAAUCAGAAUAAAUUGAAUAAAUCAAAAUAUAUAUAACUGGGACAUUAUAUAUCCUUUCUCACAAAUAACCAGUAAGAUUAAAAGGUUUUUCUUAACACGCCGAUGACACAAAAGUCACCUUUCAUAUAGGUCAAGCCAAUGUGGCCGUCUUUUGGUAUAGCAAAUCCACUAUCUGUGCAUUAUUACAAAUUGAUUAAUGAAUGCAACAAGGCUCGAUAGUUCUGUGUGUCAACUUUAAAUUUUUAUUUUUAUUUAGCUUGCAAUUGUCCCAGCAAUACCGAAAAAAAGAGCGCUCAAGUUAAACCAGGUGAAACGAAAGCCUUUGUUAGUUGGUUGGAACCUAAACCCAGUUGCCUGACCAAUUCCAGUGAAAAUAUGCGAAGUACCAGUCGAUGGUUUUCUGUUGGUGAGCACACGCUUACGUACAAGUACACCCCUAAAACUGGGAAGCAACAGUUAGAAUGCCAUGUGAAAAUCACUGUGACAGGUAUGUGAAGUGUACAGCGAAUUGAAUGUCAUUCUCUCACCGCGAUUCCUUUGACACAGAAAUACUAAUGUCUGACUUUGAUGUUGGUGUAACCGCUGUGCUAUAUUUCGCCAAACACUCCCCACAUUUUUAGCCCCAUUGAAAACAUCGACCCAUGGGUGGGUGGGUGAUGAAGCCAGGUAGGGUGGCUAGAGCACGUGCACUGAUUGAAAACAUAACGAACUGUUUGCGCUUAAGAGUUGGCGGGAUGGCGAUCACGGGUUUUUGGCAAAGUCGAUGGUCUGCAUCGUGUAACUCUGCCAGUGGCAUUGAUGUUAGCGUAAUUGUCUGCCAUGCUCCUAGUAAAUGCGCUAAGGAAACGCCAUCAUGCCCGCCGAAUGGGGCUACAUGCAUAGCAACCGUGGUUUAGCCAAAUUACCCCUCCGUGUAUAGGGUAUAUCAUACACCGGUUUUAUUGCCAUUGAUGUCUCAUCACUGUCUUUGCCUUCACUUUAGGGGAGUUUUGUGGUGAAAGGGUUUAUGAACCAACCAGUCAAAUUUGCUGCUGUGGUCAAGUUCACAAAAGGAAAACUAUCAACCAUAAGUGCUGCGGAAAACGAUACAUCAAUCAUAGUAAGAAGAUCUGUUGUCAAGGCCAGAAACUUGUGGAUCGUCCAGGAUCUUGUCCUAAUUAGAUAAUGGAAAGCCUCUUUCACCUUUCAGGAAAUGUUUUCUAAAAAUAGUAUUUUAUUUAUAUCUCUUGCAAUCAUGUUU